AUGCGCUCCUCCACUGUCUUGUCUCUCGCCGCCCUUGGCUCGAUUGCCUCUGGCUAUCAGCUCCCGGCUAAGCUGAAGUCACUGUAUGACCAGCACAAGUCCGGCUCUUGCUCCAAGAAGCUGUCGGGCGACUUCCCCGCCAAGACAUCGUACUGCGGUGACAUCCCCAAUGUCAUCUUCCUCAAGUCCCCUGGAGGUUACGACAACAUGGACAUUGACUGCGACGGCGCCAACCGAAGCGGCGGAGCCUGCGCCAACGACCCCAGCGGCCAGGGCGAGACGGCCUUCAAGGACACGGUCAAGACUUACGGUAUCCCGGAUCUCGACGCCAACAUCCACCCUUACGUCGUCUUUGGCAACGAGGGCGGAAAGCCGUCGUUCAACGCCGAGGCGCACGGCAUCAAGCCGCUGUCCGUCAUGGCUGUGGUCUGCAACGGCCAGGUGCACUACGGCAUCUGGGGCGACACCAACGGCGGCACCUCGACCGGCGAGGCGUCCCUGGCCAUGGGCAAGCUGUGCUUCCCCAACGAGCACCUCACGGGCAACAACGGCCACGACCCCAAGGACGUCCUGUACAUUGCCUUUACCGGCGCCGACACGGUGCCGGGCAAGAACGGCGCCAACUGGAAGGCCAAGAACUCGGAUGAGUUUGCAAAGAGCAUCAAGAGCCUUGGUGAUAAGCUGGUCGGCCGCCUGUAA